ACUUCCGGCGGACGCUGAUCUGCCGCCGCCGACGGGCCGGAGUUCGCGGAGCUACUGCAGUCUGUCUCGCCUGUGCGCCUGGUUCAGCCGCCGCCAUGGGGAUCCUGGAGAAGAUCUCCGAGAUCGAGAAGGAGAUCGCCCGCACGCAGAAGAACAAGGCCACCGAGUAUCACCUGGGCCUGCUGAAAGCAAAACUCGCCAAGUACCGGGCCCAGCUCCUGGAGCCCUCCAAGUCGUCCUCGUCCAAAGGCGAGGGCUUCGACGUCAUGAAGUCGGGCGACGCCCGCGCGGCGCUGAUCGGCUUCCCCUCUGUGGGUAAGUCCACCUUCCUGAGCCUGAUGACCUCCACGGCCAGUGAGGCUGCGUCCUAUGAGUUCACAACCCUGACCUGCAUCCCUGGGGUCAUUGAAUACAAAGGCGCCAACAUCCAGCUCCUGGACCUUCCGGGGAUCAUCGAAGGCGCGGCACAAGGGAAGGGCCGUGGCCGGCAGGUGAUCGCCGUGGCACGCACAGCCGACGUCGUCAUCAUGAUGCUGGAUGCCACCAAGGGAGAGGUGCAGAGGUCCCUGCUGGAGAAGGAGCUGGGGUCGGUCGGCAUCCGCCUCAACAAGCACAAGCCCAACAUCUACUUCAAGCCCAAGAAAGGAGGCGGCAUCUCCUUCAACUCGACGGUCGCGCUGACCCAGUGCUCGGAGAAGCUGGUGCAGCUGAUCCUACACGAGUACAAGAUCUUCAACGCGGAGGUGCUCUUCCGAGAAGACUGCUCCGCGGACGAGUUCAUAGACGUGAUCGUGGGCAACCGCGUGUACAUGCCCUGCUUGUAUGUUUAUAACAAAAUCGACCAGAUCUCAAUGGAGGAAGUGGACCGCCUGGCCCGGAAACCUGACAGUGUGGUCAUUAGCUGUGGCAUGAAGCUGAACCUGGACUACCUGCUGGAGAUGCUCUGGGAGUACCUGGCCCUGACCUGCAUCUACACCAAGAAGAGAGGCCAGAGGCCUGACUUCACGGACGCCAUCAUCCUCCGGAAAGGGGCCUCCGUGGAGCACGUGUGCCACCGCAUCCACCGGUCACUCGCCAGCCAGUUCAAGUACGCGCUGGUGUGGGGCACCAGCACCAAGUACAGCCCGCAGCGGGUGGGCCUGACCCACACCAUGGAGCACGAGGACGUCAUCCAGAUCGUGAAGAAGUAGUGGCCCCGCUCCCGCCCCCGGUGGGACUCACCAGAGCCCAAACUGGGAAAGUACAGACGCAGCCCAGGAAGGGGUCUCUCACGUCUCUGCUGCUUGCAGAAAUUUCUCCG